AUGUUUGCUUUCCACGAUGCAAGCCAGAGCAAGUACCUCGUCAUGUACCUUUUUGUUGCGAAAAAAAAGUAUCGCGCCGGCCCCACUCCUGGCUUGUUAAAACGACAACCCAAAAACGAGGCGGCCGAGCAGCCACAUGCCUCAGCGGCAUUUCAAACCCAGCUCAUCAUCACGCCCAAGCUUCUCAACCGAUCCAAUAAUACCAAGGGUAUUCGUUAUCUCCCUCGAGAAAAUGGCCACACACCCCUUCCCCACACUCGAGACUUUCUCUCGGCUAUCCUGUCAGAAGAGCUUGGUGCCUGGCCUUGGGUGGUUCCUCCCUUUGCCCCGGACCGACGUCGCGAAGCACUGGUGGGUGACUGCGGUAAGAAUAGCCGGGGCGACAUGUGA